GGUGGCCGUGUGCUCCGCCACCGCCAUGGCGGACGCCGCGCUGUGGUACUGGCCCCUGGACACCGCCGGGGGAAGCGUCAACUUCAUCAUGCUCCUCAACUGGACCGUCAUGAUCCUCUACAACUACUUCAGCGCCAUGUUUGUCGGCCCGGGGUACGUCCCUCUGGGGUGGACGCCGGAAAAAUCUCAGGAUUGCAUGUAUCUCCAAUACUGUAAAGUGUGUCAGUCUUACAAGGCACCCCGUUCACACCACUGUCGAAAGUGUAACAGAUGUGUCAUGAAGAUGGAUCACCAUUGUCCUUGGAUCAACAACUGUUGUGGAUACCAGAAUCACGCAUCUUUCACUCUGUUUCUCCUCUUAGCUCCACUGGGAUGCAUUCACGCUUCUUUCAUAUUUGUUAUGACUAUGUAUACUCAGCUUUACAACAGAAUAUCUUUUGGAUGGAGUUCUGUAAAGAUUGACAUGAGUGCAGCCAAGAGAGACCCUCGACCCGUUAUUCCCUUUGGACUGUCUGCAUUUGCUGCAUCUUUAUUUGCCUUAGGACUGGCAUUAGGAACAACUAUUGCUGUUGGUAUGCUGUUUAUUAUCCAGAUGAAAGUCAUUUUGACAAAUAAAACUUCAAUCGAGUCCUGGAUUGAAGAAAAGGCCAAAGACAGAAUCCAGUACUACCAAACGGGUGAGACCUUUAUUUUUCCCUAUGACAUGGGAAGUAAAUGGAAGAACUUCAAGCAAGUGUUUACAUGGUCUGGGAUUCCUGAGGGAGAUGGCCUGGAUUGGCCAGUAAGAGAUGGCUGUCAUCAAUACAGUUUGACGAUAGAGCAGCUGAAACAGAAAGCAGACAAGCGAGUAAGAAGCGUGCGGUAUCGAGCAGUAGAAGAUUACAGUGGUGUCUGCUGCCCUGUGACUAAAGGUGUUAAAACAUUCUUCACAACACCAUGCACUGAAGAACCUAGAAUUGCACUGAGUAAAGGGGAUCUGAUUUUAGCCACAAGAGGCUUAAAACACUGGAUGUAUGGUGAGAAGAUUCUCAACUCAGCUGCUGAUGGUACAUUCCGUGUUGGCAAAAGAGAGGCAGCCAACAGUCACUACAUUGAAAGUGUCCGUGCUUUUCAUGGGAGGUCUGAGACCUUCAUGGGCUAGAAGUGCUCCGGCAGCUCACUCCAAUGAACUCUUUUAAACAUCAGACCUAAAAGAGUCAUUGAAAUGAGCAUGGUAAUCGUUUGUAUUGCAUUGCUUAUUAUGGAGAUUAGCAGGAGAUAUCUGUGCUAUAUCAAAUGUUUUUUUUUAAAUGAAGUGAAAUGUGAUCUGGGUGGGGAACUUGGUGUAUACUGAGAGGCUGGAUUAGAAUUCAAAAUAACAUUGGCAUUUUGGAGAACUAGGCUUCAAAAAUAGGAUGAGAUUUUUUAGGAAUGUAUAGGCAAAAUGCUAUAAAUAGGCAGGAAUAACAAGCUGCACUAUAACAAGAUGGAAAAAUUAGUGAUUAGUAGCAGUUCUUCUGAGGAAAAAAAGAGUCAAUCAUAAUCUUGAGGUGAGUCAACACUUGCAAAAAAGAAAAAAGCCUACAGCUUUCCAGAUGCAUGAAGUAAUCCUUCCAUCCCACUCAACAUUGGCAGAGACUCAGCUGAAAUACUGCCACAAGUAAAAGCAGUUACUGCAUCUCAAGAAGGAGGAUCAGCUGUAAAGGGCUGGAGGAAAACAAUGAGAACAAUCAGAGUGCUAGAAAAUGUGACUUAUAAAGGAAAGCUGAAAGAAUUGGGAUGGCUUACCUGGAGAGGAAAAGGAGAUAGGAGAAAGCCAGGGUAUGUGCAAAUAGUCAUCAGCUGCUUAAAAGUCUGUUGUAGAGAAGGCUGUUAUCUGCUUCCUGUGGCCCUGGUGUGUAGAAAGAGGAGUUGUGAACUUGAAUUAUAGACAGAAAGAUUCAGAUAGGGUAUUAGGAAAGAUUUUCUCAUAGUAAGGAAGGUAGAGCACUGGAAAACUUUGGAGAUCUCUGAAAACAUUUUAGGCAGUGGGAGAGAAUCUAUGCAUCCCCAGGCAAUGAUGUUAGGAAUGACUUAGAUGUCCUGCCUUGGAGAAGAAAAUAACCUAGGUAACCUCUUGAUGUCUCUUCCAGUCCUGUUUUUCCUCAAUAGUGGGUUAUGUUUUGUUCCAAGUUAAUGCAACUUUUCAUGUCUUAAGGUGGAAUAAGAGAACGAGGCUGGUUCCCUAGGAAAUGUGUGGAAAAAUGCCAAUAUGACUCUGAAACGG